AGUAAUCACUUCCUCUUAUAACUUGCUACCGCUGCGUGUAUCCUCCCGGCAAGGGUAUCACGCAGCAAAACCGAAAUGUCAUGCCGUGAAGUUCCCACUCCAGAAUUCUGCGAAUCAAAACAGAAUGAUUUCAGCCAGCAUAAUGUAGGCCUAUAAAACAGGUAGAGUUAAAUGUUCAUUAUGUAUCCAACACUUGUCAGAAACCAUUUUCUCCUUGUGUCACAUGUUCUCAUGCAGGAGCAGCCGUCGGUCGAGUUGGCUGGAAAGGAGGUAUGGCAGUCGGAUCAGGAAAUGCUAUCAAAAUCUGCCUGGUUGGGAACUCUCGAGUGGGCAAGUCAUGUAUCGCGGAGAGGCUAGUUCAUGAUAUUUUCCAUGAAAAGACACAAUCCACCAUGAUUGGGAGGGCCUUUCUACACAAAGCGCUUACGGUGGAGGGGGAAACCGUCAAAGUGAAUAUAUGGGACACUGCCGGGGAAGAAAAGUUUCACUCAUUGGCACCAAUGUACUAUCGGUAUGCAUCCGCCAUGGUUCUCGUAUACGACAUCACUGACACGGAAUCCUUCCUCAAUCUACGGAAGUUCUGGGUUCCUUCGAUAAAGUCCUGCAACGACCCAAGCAUUCCUCUAGCCAUAGUGGGCAACAAAUUGGACCUUGAAGAGACAGAUCGGGCCAUCUCGACCGAGGAGGGGCAAGGUUACGCUGAUAUACUGGAAGCCGUCUUCUUAGAAACGAGCGCCAAGACGGCGCACAACGUGGAGAGAAUAUUUACUGAACUCAUUUUGAAGAUCAGGGAUUCCCAACGGAGGAGGCAGAUGAACCAAGCCGAGGAAAUGGAACCAAGGAAUGUGAUUGUCCCGCACAGUACACCUGCGAAGGAGAACCCCUUAUCCUGCAUCUGCCACUGACAGUAUAGUCCUCUCUGUCUAUUUCGGUAUCCCGUUAUUUUCAGAAAGUUAAGAAGCAACUAUUCUUGCACGUGUUUUAUAGUUUAGCUAAAUUCACGGCUAAAGUGAUUCCGCGGGGAUUGACCCAAGCUAAAUUUGCGACUGAGUCUUUAAAGAGAAGAGUUUUCCGAAACUCACGAAUUUUGGGUAUUCCUGCCGUCCAGGAUGGCUGUAAAUUUAUCGCUUGUGUUUGUUGGUAAAUUUGUCGGUCGGUUGGUUCGUCGCUUUUUUGUGUGUGAAGUUUCCUUGUUUUUGUUGCUGUAAAGCGUAUAAAUUAUUAAAGCUGCAGGUGUGUUGGUGUGUCGAGUUGACGGACAUUCAGUUUUGAUUUAAGUUAUUAUUAUUGAAGUGUACAGGUGUCACAUGAAA